GGUCUGGAGGACCUUGUGUUGUCAUCCUCCGAGCGACGGCCGGAGGCGGUCGCGUAGGCCCGGGCGGGGCGUUUGGUUUCGUUUCUGCACCGACUGGAAUUAGUGUCGACGGUCAAAAUGGGAGUCCCCAAGUUUUACCGAUGGAUCUCGGAGCGGUAUCCCUGCCUCAGCGAAGUGGUGAAGGAGCAUCAGAUUCCUGAAUUUGAUAACUUGUACCUGGAUAUGAAUGGAAUUAUACAUCAAUGUUCCCAUCCUAAUGAUGAUGAUGUUCACUUCAGAAUUUCAGAUGACAAAAUCUUUACUGACAUUUUUCACUACUUAGAGGUGUUGUUUCGAAUUAUUAAACCUAGGAAAGUGUUCUUUAUGGCUGUUGAUGGUGUGGCUCCUCGAGCAAAAAUGAACCAGCAGCGUGGGAGGCGUUUUAGGUCAGCCAAGGAGGCAGAAGACAAAAUUAAAAAAGCAAUAGAAAAGGGAGAAACACUUCCUACAGAAGCCAGAUUUGAUUCUAACUGUAUUACGCCAGGGACUGAAUUCAUGGCCAGGUUGCAUGAACAUCUGAAGUAUUUUGUAAAUAUGAAAAUUUCCACUGACAAAUCAUGGCAAGGCGUUACCAUCUACUUCUCAGGCCAUGAGACUCCUGGAGAAGGAGAGCAUAAAAUCAUGGAAUUUAUCAGAUCCGAGAAAGCAAAGCCAGAUCAUGAUCCAAACACCAGACAUUGUCUUUAUGGCUUAGAUGCUGACUUGAUCAUGCUUGGAUUAACAAGUCACGAGGCACAUUUUUCUCUCUUAAGAGAAGAAGUUCGGUUUGGUGGAAAAAAAACACAAAGGGUAUGUGCACCAGAAGAAACGACGUUUCACCUCCUACACUUGUCUUUAAUGAGAGAGUAUAUUGAUUAUGAAUUUUCAGCAUUAAAAGAAAAGAUCACAUUUAAAUAUGAUAUUGAAAAAAUUAUAGAUGAUUGGAUUUUGAUGGGAUUUCUUGUUGGCAAUGAUUUUAUCCCUCAUCUACCUCAUUUACAUAUUAAUCAUGAUGCGCUGCCUCUUCUUUAUGGAACAUAUAUUGCCAUCCUGCCAGAACUUGGAGGUUAUAUUAAUGAAAGUGGACAUCUCAACUUACCACGAUUUGAGAAAUACCUUGUGAAACUGUCAGAUUUUGAUCGAGAGCACUUCAGUGAAGUUUUUGUUGACCUCAAAUGGUUUGAAAGCAAAGUUGGUAACAAGUAUCUCAAUGAAGCAGCAGGUGUGGCAGCCGAAGAAGCCAAGAACUGCAAGGAAAAGAGAAAAUCAAAGGGCCAGGAAAAUUCCUUAAGUUGGGCUGCUUUAGACAAAAGUGAAGGCGAAGUAGUGGCUUCCAAAGAUAAUUUUGAAGAUGAGACGGAAGAUGAUGAUCUGUUUGAAACUGAAUUUAGACAAUAUAAAAGAACAUACUAUAUGACGAAGAUGGGAGUCGAUGUAGUAUCUGAUGAGUUUCUGGCUGAUCAAGCUGCUUGUUAUGUUCAAGCUAUACAAUGGAUCUUACACUAUUACUAUCAUGGAGUCCAAUCCUGGAGCUGGUAUUAUCCCUACCAUUAUGCACCCUUCCUGUCUGACAUCCGCAACAUCAGCGCGCUUACAAUCCGCUUUGAACUGGGGAAGCCCUUCAAGCCGUUUGAGCAGCUUCUUGCCGUCCUGCCAUCAGCCAGCAAGAAUUUGCUUCCUACGUGCUACCAGCAUUUGAUGACCAGCGAGGACUCACCAAUUAUAGAGUAUUAUCCACCUGAUUUUAAAACUGACCUAAAUGGGAAACAACAGGAAUGGGAAGCUGUGGUAUUAAUACCUUUUAUUGAUGAGAAGCGAUUGUUGGAAGCCAUGGAGACAUGUAAUCACUCCCUCAAAAAGGAAGAGAGGAAAAGAAACCAGCACAGUGAAUGUCUAAUGUGCUGGUAUGAUAGAGAAACAGAGUUCACCUACUCCUCUCCAUGGCCAGAAAAGUUCCCUGCUAUAGAACGGUGCUGUACAAGGUAUAAAGUAAUAUCACUAGAUGCUUGGCGUGUAGACAUAAACAAGAACAGAAUAACCAAGGUUGACCAGAAGGCAUUAUAUUUCUGUGGAUUCCCGACUUUGAAACACAUCAAACAUAAAUUUUUUUUGAAGAAAAGUGGUGUUCAAGUAUUCCAGCAGAGUAGUCGUGGUGAGAACAUGAUGUUGGAAAUCUCAGUGAAUGCAGAAUCAGAUGAACUUAGUAUAGAAAACAUUGCCUCGUCGGUGCUUGGAAAGUCGGUCUUUGUUAACUGGCCCCAUCUAGAAGAAGCUAGAGUUGUGGCCGUAUCAGAUGGUGAAACCAAGUUUUACUUAGAAGAACCUCCAGGAACACAGAAGGUUUAUUUGGGGAAAACUGCUCCACCAACUAAAGUCAUCCAACUUGCAGAUAAAGAACAGUCGAACUGGACUAAAGAAAUACAAGGAAUUUCAGAACAAUACCUAAGAAGAAAGGGAAUAAUAAUAAAUGAAACAUCUGCUGUUGUAUAUGCUCAGUUGCUCACGGGACGUAAAUAUCAAAUCAGUCAGAAUGGUGAAGUUCAUCUGGAAAAACAGUGGUCAAAACAAAUUCUUCCUUUUGUUUAUCAAACUAUUGUUAAGGACAUCCGAGCUUUUGACUCUCGUUUCUCCAAUAUCAAAACAUUGGAUGAUUUGUUUCCGCUGAGAAGUAUGGUCUUUAUGCUGGGAACUCCUUAUUAUGGCUGCACUGGAGAAGUUCAGGAUUCAGGUGACGUGAUUACAGAAGGUAGGAUUCGUGUGGUUUUCAGCAUUCCAUGUGAACCAAAUCUUGAUGCUUUAAUACAGAACCAGCAUAAAUACUCUAUAAAGUACAACCCAGGAUAUGUGUUGGCCGGUCGACUUGGAGUGAGUGGAUACCUUGUUUCAAGGUUUACAGGAAGUAUUUUUAUUGGAAGAGGAUCUAGGAGAAACCCUCAUGGAGACCAUAAAGCAAAUGUGGGUUUAAAUCUCAAAUUCAACAAGAAGAAUGAAGAAGUCCCUGGAUAUACAAAGAAAGUUGGGAAUGAGUGGAUGUACUCAUCAGCAGCAGAGCAGCUUCUCGCAGAGUACAUAGAGAGAGCACCGGAACUGUUUAGUUAUAUAGCCAAAAACAGCCAAGAAGAUGUGUUCUAUGAAGAUGACAUCUGGCCUGGAGAAAAUGAGAACGGUGCUGAAAAAGUUCAAGAAAUUAUGACUUGGCUCAAAGGACACCCUGUCAGCACACUGUCCCGUUCUUCUUGUGACUUACACAUUCUGGAUGCAGCCAUUGUUGAAAAAAUUGAGGAAGAAGUUGAGAAGUGCAAGCAAAGAAAGAAUAAUAAGAAAGUACGAGUAACGGUGAAGCCCCAUCUGCUGUACAGACCAUUAGAGCAGCAACAUGGGGUCGUCCCUGAUCGGGAUGCUGAGUUCCGUCUGUUUGAUCGCGUUGUGAACGUCAGAGAGAACUUCUCAGUACCAGUUGGCCUCCGAGGCACCAUCAUUGGAAUUAAAGGGGCUAGUAGAGAAGCUGAUGUACUAUUUGAAGUAUUGUUUGAUGAGGAAUUUCCUGGAGGCUUAACAAUAAGGUGCUCACCAGGUAGGGGUUACCGACUGCCAACAAGUGCCUUGGUGAACCUUUCUCAUGGGAGUCGAUCUGAAACUGGAAAUCAGAAGUUGACAGCCAUUGUGAAACCACAACCAGCUGUGAAUUAUUGCAGCGCAAAUUCAUCAGUUUCAUCUGGGCACCUGGGAGGACUCAACCAUUCUCCUCAGUCACUUUUUGUCCCCACUCAAGUACCUACAAAAGGUGAUGAUGAAUUUUGCAACAUUUGGCAAUCUCUACAGGGAUCUGGAAAAAUUCAACACUUUCAGACAACGGUACAAGAAAAGGGUGCAGUUCUACCUCAAGAAAUAAGUCAAGUAACUCAACCACAUAAAUCUGACUUUAAUGACAACAGUAUUAAAUAUCAGCAAAGAAAACAUGACCCUCACCGGAAACUUAAGGAAGAAUAUAAGAGUCCUAAAGCUGAGUGUCAGACACAAAAACUGUCCAAUAAACAGACUUCUGGAGGAUCUGCCAAAUGUAAUAUUAAACUAUUGAAGAGAAAUGAAAGUCCAGGAGCUUCAGAAGCCCAGAAGGUUGUGACUGGUUACCCAAAUGUUGUUGAUAAGCCUCACUCUGGAAUUGAGAACUUUUUAGCAUCUUUGAAUAUCUCUAAAGAAAGUGAUGUACAGUCACCUCACCGUGGAGAGCACCCAGAUGAGGAGCAUCUGUCACCACAGUCGUUUGCUAUGAAAGGAACACGGAUGCUUAAAGAAAUUCUAAAGAUUGAUAGCCCUGACACAGCAGACAGUAAGAGUGAUGGGAAACAAUUUAAUAAAGAAGUCACUGCUUCUUCCAGUAGAAGAGAUGAGCAUGGACUGUUAGCACAUCCUGAACAAAAUCAGAAGCUGGCAUGCUUUAUGAACAAGCCUCAUGGUACUAGUGAAUACCAAAAUAGUCCAUCUGUGGAUAGUGUGUGUUGGCCUAGUCAUAUCCCUCCUGUGUCCACAUCAGUAGCUGAACUUGCUCGAAUUUGUUCCCUUGUUGGAAUGCCACAACCAGAUUUCUCCUUUCUGAGGACAACACAGACAAUGACAGUUUGUCAGGUGAAAUUGUCUAAUGGUUUACUGGUACAUGGGCCACAGUGCCACUCUGAAAGUGAAGCCAAGGAGAGAGCUGCACUUUUUGCUUUACAACAACUGGGCUCCUUUGGUAUGAAUUAUCCUUUGCCUCCACCAAUAUUUCCAAAUUAUCCUCCUGCUGUACCAUCUGGAACGGUCCCUCCCAUUUUUCACCAGCCUACUGCUACUAUGAUGCCUUCGUCGUCUCCUCUCUUCGGCUCAGUGCCAUGGAGACCAGCAGUGCCAGUUGCUGGGAAGGUCUUCCAUCCUCCUCCACAUCCCGGGACCAUGCCCUUGGCUGGAGGAGUGCCAGGCGGAGUGCACAAUCAGUUCAUACCUCUGCAGGUUACGAAAAAAAGGGUUGCAAACAGAAAGAAUUUUGAGAAUAAGGAGGCCCAGAGUUCUCAAAUCACACCGCUUCAGACUAGCAAGCCAGGGUCUUCUGAAGCCACCAAAAUAAUUCCACAAGAAAGCUCAUCAGCCUCUUUGAAGUCCUCUCAAGCUCCUCAGCCUGUGUCUUCUCAAGUCGAAACUGCCUCCCAAGGCCAUGGUGUGUCCCACCAGAAAUCAGCCCCGAGCUCCUCGAGGAGGAAGUCAAGGAAACUGGCUGUCAACUUUAGUGUUCCUAAACCUUCUGAAUAAAUUUGAUACCUGGGAGUGAAUUUCUUUUCUUUCCAUCUACAUUUUUAUAAAUUGAUAUCUGUGUGUCAGAAAUGUACUAUUUUAGAAUAUGUUUAGAUUGAAUAUUUUUUAUUUUUAAGUUAUCAGGCACUUUUCAUGCUAUUUAAGACUAUAUAUCAAAUUGUGCACUUUAAAUAUGUGCAAUUUGUUGUACAUCAGUGAUACCUCAAUAAAGCUGUAAAAAAAAAAAAGAUCAAAUUAAAUCUUGUAUCAAAAUAAACAUCGAACUAGGCAUGGUAGUUCAUGCCUAUAACCCUUGUGCUUGAGAGGCUGAGACAGGAGGAUUGCCAUAUAGUCAAGGUUAGCCAGGGCUACAUAGUGAGUUCCUGGCCAGACUGAGACCUUGCUUCAAAAACCAAAAAAAUAAAGUAGAUGUCAGUGGGCUAAAUAUUAAAAUAUACACUCUAACCAUUGGCUUCCUCGUUAGAAGCAUCCCUGAACUAUAAAUUAGUCAUCGUAUUAUAAUAAUAACCUUUUUUACACUAUUAUUGAGGGAUAAUUAAGUGUAGCAUGAAUUAGGCCUCAUAAUUUCCUAAAUGUGGGUUUUAUUUCUCUUUAAUAAUGUAGCAGCGUGGCUGGGAGAGUGGCGCUUUCUCUGUCAUCACUUCCGUCUGUUGCCAGAGUCACUCCCAGCAUGCUGCAGAGCCAGCGCCCUGGCCAUGGAGCCAGCACACUGUGGCCAUGGAGCCGGCGCCCUGGCCAUGGUCAUGGAGCCAGCACACUGUGGCCAUGGAAGCCAGCGCCCUGGCCAUGGUCAUGGAGCCAGCGCCCUGGCUGGUGCUGCCAGUGUUGCUCUGUUAUAAAUCUUAUACCAAAGCAGCUUUAGAAACCCCUCCAGAUCAUUCGUCUGGCUGCUUCGAACUAGGAAUAGCAAUCUAGAUUUGAGAAAUGACGGCUUUUUUUUUUUUUUUAGAUUAUUCAAGAACCAGCAUUAAGAAUUCUAAUAAAAUUAAGUUUCAAAAUCUACAGGGUAUAGUGAUUACAAAUCAGUCUUCAAAUAGAGUACAGUACAAAAUGUUAAUCACUUUAUUCUUGCUUAGGCUUCUUGGGAUUUGUUUGUUUUGAGAUGAGGUCUUGCUGUGUAGUCCUGGCUGGCCUGGUACUCAUGGCAAUCCUCCAAGUUCUGGGAUUCCAGCCAUGCAUCACCACACCCACUUGUGUGGCUUUUCUCUGCGUCCUUCACAUAGGUGAGAGCUCACCUUGGGUCCAUGGGUAGAGCUUCCUGGGACUGAUAACAUUUUAAACUUUAUAAAAAUUCCAGGAUGUUUGUGUGUAUGUUACUGACUGCCUGUCCCAUUCAGUUGUCCGUUUUUAGCAUUUGCUGACCUCGGUGAUGCCACAUUUGUUUCUGCAUGUCACUCAUGGAUAUCUGUGUUCACACUGUUGAAAUGAUUUGGAUUUUAUGAAAAUUUCUCAAUGACAUCAGGGCCUGCAUUUAUAUAUGAGCAUAUAUUUAUCUUUUAGUUUUGUGAUAUGUUUAUAUUUUUAAAGAGUAAAAUGAUCAUACUUUUUAAAAAGUAGGAACCAGUCUUUAUAUGGAGCUGCUUAUUGUUGUGUGUGAUUUCAUUAGCUCAUUGAAAACUCUGCCAUAAGUCUUAAAAUAGUUUUACUAUUUUUUAAAAUGCUGUGUUGAACUGAAUUCCUUUCUCUGCUGAUCCCAGUGUUUCUCGAAAUGGUGGCAGGAUAUAUGUAUACUAGUGGUGCCUUUAGUGUAGAGAGGUAAAUGGUCAUGUGACUUUCUGUAACUUUGUUUUCCAGUGAUAGAAGUUGAGCUGUUUGUCAGUGCCUAGCACUCCCCCACAUGCAGUGGGACACUGGGCUGAGGCGCAGGUCAUUCUCACUGUCCAUCUUCACUGUCACAAACAUCCAUUGGAGACACAAGGGGAUGUUCAGUUAUGACAGUGCCAUGGGAACUCCUUCCAAGAGCCUCACUUACAUUUAUUCUACCAUGCACUUACUCCUGUGUGAUGGUUCCACCAUGGUGUAUGACCGUGUUCCCUGGAGAACACAGGAAGGAUUCCUUCUGAAGGUCCCCUGAGAGAUUUUAGUAAACGCGGUGCCAUUGAACCUGUGAGGGUAUUUCUCUAAAAUUUGAGCACAAGCUAGUAAUUAUAUAUGGAGAGCCAGUAAGAAUAUUUGACCUUCCUUUAAAAAACAAAAAUUCUAAGGGUCAAGCUUGAAGGGAAAAUAAGAGAGGGCUGCAUACCGGCAGACAGGGAGUGAUCACGUCUUUUCUGCUCCUCCCAUAGCUCUGUUGUCAAUGUAGGUCUGACAUCUGGGGAAACAUGCAACCUCUGGAGGAUGUGAGACAAGACUUACCAGCUGGAUGGCUGUGAGGACACGGACCUGUGGACACGUCCAGAGGGCCUAGCAACAUAGUUGUCCUGUGGGAACCAUACACUUCUCCCUCUGGGAUGGAGAGUCUGAGCCCACCCUCAAGCUUCUAAAAUAUGCUCAGUCGGCUGUCCAAUCUAAGAACUUUUGGUGGAAAUGGUAAACUUGGGUCACAAAAGGAAAGAUUCCCCCCAGACUGUCUGUUUUUCAUGUAACUAAAGUUAUUUGAUUAAACCUUCCUCUCCUCACAGGACUAUUGCAAAUAUCCUUGUUCAAUAAGUCUUUCUUUUUUAAGCAAAUUGAGUUAAAGCUGGAUCCUUUCAGCCAUUGUUUCUUUUCACAAUUCUGUGUGUUACCUGGUCACUACCUUAAUUUUAAAAUUUGGCAGAUAAAAUGCAUUAAUUGACUUAAAUACUUCACAGACUAAAGGCUUAAACAUCUAAACCUCAGUUGCAUCAGAAAAUUACUUCCUCUGAAUCCCAGUUUCAAUUUAAGGUUGUCCUUUGCUGAGAAUGGUACCCCCACCUCUAAUCCCAGCACUCUGAAAGCUACAGCAGGACUGUGACUUCAAGGCAAGCCUGGGCUAUGUAGACACUGUCUAGAAAAAAAGACUCUCCUUCCUUUUCAAAGCAGUAACGAACACUGAGGGUAUCCCUUCCUUCCCUGGUGAGCAGAGUGAGGAGUACUGAUACCAUUUUUCCUGUUACUAUUUCCAUUCCUGUGUGUUUAGACAGUUCUAGAUUCCUGGUUCUCUAGAACCUAGGCAGAGAGGGAGACCUGUAGUAUUUGCAGACUUCAGUGUACUUUUUUAUCUCAAGGAAACAAACUAUAGAGUCACUUUAUUUACUCCCCUUCUGUGUGUCCGUUCUCUUUGUAUCAAAUAUUUUUUCAUAGUGGUUGUUUAGUUUCCAGCUUAUAUGACAGAAUUCCAUGGCUCUCCACUGAAGGUAGCUCUCACACACGUCUCUGCUAUAUUUCUUUGUACCAGCUUGCUUCCAGACUUUUCUUUUACUAUAGAAGAAAAUCUGUUAGAAAUUAUUAUGAGAGGUAUUCUGUAUCUUUUUUUUUAAAUCUGUCACCAAAAAAAAAAAAAA